AGCAGUUGGUUUCCCAUCAUCGACUCGAGUGCAUGUGCACUGCAAUAAAAAUAACUUCGAUCGACCAACUUGCGAAAGGGCGAAGUGAUAGAAAAUGCUGACCCAUCUAAAAUGGUUGCGAGCAGCGCCGCGCCCGGCCAACAUGCUAUGCUCCCAAAUGGUGAAACGAACUUGUAAGAAUGUGUCGGCCUUCGAGAAGGUACUCAGUGUGCCCAAGCCGAAAAACGCUCCAGCGGCUGGGCAGCUAAAAAUCCCUCAUAUGAUAUCGCAGCGUGAGCAAAAAUUGAAUGAAGGCAUGGUAUACGAAGGCUUUCAAUGCGAGCGAGUAGAAUAUAUUCCGGACUUUGAACUUACCUCUUACACCCUGAGGCAUGAAGGAACUGGAACGGAGUUCUGGUAUCUCGAUCGUAAAGAUACCAAUAACGUUUUCUCGAUUAAUUUCCGCACAACUCCCUUUGACUCCACCGGACUUCCUCAUAUUCUGGAGCAUCUAGCACUGUGCGGAUCCAAGAAGUUUCCGGUGCGGGAUCCAUUCUUCAAAAUGUUAAACCGCUCCGUUGCCACGUUCAUGAACGCCAUGACUGGUCCAGACUAUACUCUAUAUCCUUUUUCGACAAUGAACGAGGUGGACUUUAGAAACCUGCAGCGAAUUUAUUUGGAUGCUGUUUUUAGGCCGAAUUUGGAUUACCUCGACUUUCUGCAGGAGGGCUGGCGGCUUGAAUACAGUGAUUUGCGCAACCGCGAAUCUGAGCUCGUGAUAAAGGGUGUUGUCUACAAUGAGAUGAAGGGCGCCUUUUCCGAAAACUCACAAGUGUUUGGACAGAAUUUACUCAACAACAUGCUACCCAAUCACACGUACGGACAUGUAUCGGGCGGCAAUCCGCUAGAGAUACCGAAGUUAACACACACAGAUCUGGUCGAGUUCCACCGUAAAUACUAUCAUCCGAGCAAUGCUAGAAUUUAUUGCUAUGGCUCGUUCGACGUAAAUAAGACGCUGGCAUUUGUCAACAAGAAAUACUUGAAUCAGUACGAGUGCAUAGACAAUUCCUACAGCCGAAUUCCAGGGCAACCACGAUGGUCUGAGCCUCGCAAUGUUCACAUUUCCAGUCGUUUAGAUAACAUGGGCGCUGCCUUCGACCGGCAAAACCAAAUUGCAAUUGCCUUGCUAAUGUGCGACAUGACGGACAUACAAGAGAGCUUUGAGCUCAAUGUACUCUCCGAGGUGUUAAUUCGCGGACCUAACUCCGCCUUUUAUAAAAGUCUGAUAGAGCCAAACUUUUCUGGCGGAUACAAUCAAAGCACUGGUUAUUCUGCGGAUUGCAAGGAUACGGCGUUCGUGGUGGGACUACAGGACUUGCGUGUGGAAGACUUUAAAAGGGUUAGUGAGCUAUUUGACCGGACCGUGUGCAAAACAAUAGAAAAUGGCUUUGAGCAGGGUCAUGUGGAGAGUAUUCUGCACAAUCUGGAGUUGUCGCUAAAACAUCAAAGCCCACACUUUGGCAACGCACUGCUCUUUAACUCCACAGCGCUGUGGAAUCACGAUGGUGACGUUGUGAGUAAUUUACGUGUAUCAGAGAUGAUCGCGCGAUUGCGUGCCAACCUAACGCGUAACAGGCAUUAUCUUCAGGAGAAGAUGAUGCGCUAUUUUGCAAACAACACGCACAGGCUAACACUGACAAUGUCGCCCGACGAACUGUAUGAGGAAAACUUCAAGCAGGCUGAGGCGGAAAUGCUAAAACAAAAAAUAAAUGCGCUCGAUAAGCAGCAGUCAGAGGAAAUCUAUCAGAACGGCCUAAAACUGGAGGCGUCACAAAAGGCCGUGCCCAAUACGGAUCUAUUGCCUUGUCUAACAAUAAGCGAUGUCAAGGAGCCACCCAAGUGGCCGAAAAUAAGCACUACAACCAUCCAGGAAGUACCCACCCAGGUCUGUAAGGUGCCCACUAACGAAAUCACAUACCUGAAGUGUCUGUUCAACAUCACGGGUCUAAGUCGGGAUGAGGUAAUGUUGGUGCCUUUGUUCUGCAACGUUAUCAACGAUAUGGGCACCGAGGAGCAUGACUAUCGGGAGUUUGAUAAACUAGUGCUCUCGAAAACAGCCGGCAUUGACUUCAAACUGAACUUUGUUGAAAAUAUUUAUGAUGCCAAAAGCUACCGCCUAGGCUUGAUGAUGACCACCCAUGCCCUAGACAAGAAUGUGCCGGACAUGUUCGCGCUGUGUCAAGAGCUGCUCCUCAACUUCAAGCUCGAUGAUAUCGACCGGUUAAAGAUGCUCAUUGAGAAUUAUAUUUCGAACAUAUCUGUGGGUAUUGCUAGUUCUGGGCAUUUGUAUGCCAUGCUCAGCUCUUCAGCGCUAGUAACGGAUGCGGCCAAAUUAAAGUCCAUGCUUUCCGGUGUUGACCACAUAGACUUCAUGAAGACGUUUGUAAAGCAAAAUGGCACCGCCGAGAUAUGCGAUAAGCUAAAGGCAAUUGGCAGGAAGGUCUUCAACAAGACAAACAUGCGCGCUGCCAUAAAUAGUUCUGAGUCCUAUCAACCCACGGCCGUGCAACACUAUAAAAGCUUCCUCGACAGCUUGCCGGCGCAGGAAAAGACCAAAAGCAGCAAUGAGCUGCAAUUGCUCGAGCCUAGCUGCCAGCAUUAUAUUAUGAACAUACCCGUCAACUAUUGUGCAAAGGCGUUCUUUGCGGUUCCUUACCUCCACCACGACCAUCCCACACUACGUGUCCUGGCGAAGCUUGUGUCGGCAAAAUAUCUAUUACCGGUGGUGCGCGAGCAAAAUGGGGCUUAUGGCGCAGGUGCCAAGAUUAGCUCCGAUGGCAUCUUCAGUUUUUAUAGCUACAGAGAUCCACACUCGAUCAAAACUCUGGCGGCAUUUGACAAUACCUACGAAUGGCUGCAGGCUGAAAACGAUAAGCUGGAUCAGCAGACGCUCUUCGAGGCAAAACUUGGUGUACUACAGCAGCUGGACUCGCCGAUUGCACCUGGAAACAUAGGCAUAGACUAUUUCCUCUAUGAGGUGUCCCAAGAGAUGUUCGUUAAAUACCGUUCCCGAAUGCUCUCCGUAACCGUGGAGGAAUUGCGCUCCGUCAUCGAUAAGUACUUCAAGGAGCAGCCCAAACACUACGGCAAGUGUAUUCUCGGGCCGGCCAACGAGAAACUCGAGCAGGAGACAAAACAAAAGUGGAAAAUUAUAGCCUAAGUGUAGUUGUCGGUGUGUUUAAAUUUUGACUGUACAUGUACAUAUACAUACAUAUAAACUGUAACCGUAAAAUGAUUUGUUGUUAUAUCUGCUAAUUUUAUUAUUAUUAUUUUCCUAAUUUCAUUUUUCGAUCGCUAGGCGUAGAUUAAUUGUUGCUAAUAAUAAUAAAUUAAAUGUAUGUUGACAUCC